AAUAAUUAAGUCUGUUAGUUGAUUUUUAUUAGCUAUAUCAGAUUUUUCCGUUUUAAUCAGUCAAGUUUUUUAGGUGUACUAAAAUAUCGGUUAUCGGCAACUGAAAUUUACAAAAUAUCGGUAUCGGUUCGAAAAAAGCAAUAUCGGUCGGGCUCUACUCGCUUGACUACAGUAUGACUAUGGAUCUCUGCCAUUGCAAUGCGGUUGCAAAUCAUGUUGUUAUUCGUCAUAUGACUUUUUCAUGCACAUCACGAGGCAGGUUUUAUCAUAGAAUUGAAAAUUGCAUUGUGGAAAUCGCACCCUUAUUGUCCAAAAAGAUAAGAUAAAAAUGACUGUUUAAAACAGACUUAGUGACCACUGCAACUGGUGUAAGUUCUGAAGAGAUCCUGCCUGCAGAUUUUCAUCUUUUUAACUAAAUUUAUGUUCAACGGUUAGGAUUGCACAUGGUUUUUAGUUAAAAAAGUAAUGUUUUUAGACAUUAUAUCACAUUCUACCUUUUAAUAUAACCUUUAACCAAUGCAUUACUUAAACUGUGUAUCUCGGUGUAUAUUGCCCACUUUUGCUAUUAAUUUAGUUAUAUCUUUGGUUGUUUAAAAUAGAAUAUGAUUCCUUUGGUGUAAAAAGCAGCAAAGCCUUGAUCAGUUUAUGCUGAAUUAAAAACUUUGGGUAUUCAUCUUUGGUAAAUUGCUUUGCAAAAGUUGAAGAUGUGAUAUCUGUGAUAUUAUUUCUUUUUAGUGAUCACUCCAGGAUGGUGAUCAUGUUUUUCUGUUGACGGAGAAUGUCUUGCUUCUCUCUCUGUGUAAUAAUAUUAACAAUGUUUCGACAUAUGUUGCAAUUUUAAUUAAUAAUUUCCAAGCGUUCUUGAUAUGCUUGAUAUGGUGAAUGAUGCGCUAAUUGCACCAAUGUUUGUAAAUACUUCUUUUGGCACUUUAAUAACCUAACUCUCAAACCUCAUACCCUUGAAUAUUCAUAAUUUUUGUGUCCUUACGUUGUGUUCCUUACAUCUUUGCAAUUUUAUUUAGCUACUUCUCCUAUUGUGUGUACUUCCAGGUGCUGCUAGUUCUAAUGCUUUAACAGUGUUAUUGAAACAUUGUAAUAAGUUAUUCUGUAUCUGGUAAAAAUGAACAUUCGAUUUGAUGGAAAGAGAGCUCUUGUAACUGGUGCGGGAAAAGGAAUUGGAAGAGAUUUAGCAAAGAAACUUGUUGAAUGUGGAGCUGAAACUUAUGCUCUCAGUCGAACUAAGUCUGACCUUGAUUCUCUAAAGCAAGAGUGUCCAUUGAUACAUGUUGUUCAUUGUGACUUGGCUGAUACUGAAGCUUUGAAAGAAUCUGUUAAAUCAUGUGGUGCAAUUGACUUGCUGGUUAAUAAUGCAGCAAUAGCAAUACUUGAGCCUUUUUUAGAAGUGACAGAGGAAAUCUUUGACAAGUCAUUUGCCAUCAACGUUAAAGCACAAGUUUUUGUUGCCCAAAUUAUAGCAAAAGGGAUGAUAGAAAGAAAAACAGGAGGUUCCAUUGUAAAUGUGUCCAGUCAGGCAUCUAUGAGAGGGAUUGAGAACCACACAGUGUAUUGUGCAACCAAAGCUGCAAUUGAUCAAAUAACGCGAAACAUGUCACUUGAACUUGGUCCUCACAAAAUUCGAGUAAAUGCAAUUAAUCCAACAGUGGUAAACACUGAAAUGGGAAAAGUUGGUUGGAGUGAUCCAGUCAAGGCAGAUCCAAUGAGAAGAAUAAUCCCAUUGGGUAGAUUCGCAGAAGUUAAAGAUGUGGUAUCUGUGAUAUUAUUUCUUCUGAGUGAUCACUCCGGAAUGGUGACUGGAUCAUGUCUUCCUAUUGACGGAGGAUGUCUUGCUUCUCUUACUACUUAAUCUAUAUCACAUCCUACAUAUAAUUUAUUGCACUUGUAUACUCAAAUCAUCGUACAAUAAUUUUUAAAUACAACAUCAAUCAUG